AUGGUGGUGAGGGCUUUUGUCCUGCUGGCCGUCUUUGCAGAAGCCUCAGCAAGAUCGUGCACUCCAAACAAAGCAGAUGUCAUUCUCGUGUUUUGUUACCCCAAAACCAUCAUCACCAGAAUCCCCGAGUGCCCCUAUGGAUGGGAGGUGCAUCAGCUGGCCCUCGGGGGGCUGUGUUACAAUGGGGUCCACGAAGGCGGCUACUACCAAUUUGUCAUCCCAGACUUAUCACCCAAAAACAAGUCUUACUGUGGAACCCAGUCUGAGUACAAGCCUCCCAUUUACCACUUCUAUAGCCACAUCGUUUCCAACGACAGCACAGUGAUCGUGAAGAACCAGCCGGUGAACUACUCCUUCUCCUGCACCUACCACUCCACCUACCUGGUGAACCAGGCUGCCUUUGACCAGAGAGUGGCCACUGUGCACGUGAAGAACGGGAGUACGGGCACAUUUGAAAGCCAGUUGUCUCUCAACUUCUACACUAAUGCCAAGUUCUCCACCAAGAAAGAAGCCCCCUUUGUCCUGGAGACAUCUGAAAUCGGCUCAGAUCUGUUUGCAGGAGUAGAAGCCAAAGGGUUAAGCAUUAGGUUUAAAGUGGUCUUGAACAGCUGUUGGGCCACACCCUCGGCUGACUUCAUGUAUCCCUUGCAGUGGCAGCUGAUCAACAAAGGCUGCCCCACAGAUGAAACAGUCCUCGUGCACGAGAAUGGGAAGGAUCACAGAGCAACCUUCCAAUUCAAUGCCUUCCGGUUCCAAAACAUCCCCAAACUCUCCAAGGUUUGGUUACACUGUGAGACGUUCAUCUGUGACAGCGAGAAGCUCUCCUGCCCUGUGACCUGCGACAAGAGGAAGCGAAUGCUGCAGGACCAGACAGGGGGCGUCCUGGUGGUGGAGCUGUCCCUGCGCAGCAGGGGAUUUCCGAGCCUCUGCAGUUUCCCAGAUGUUCUGUGUCACCUCCUCCUGAUGCUGGGGAUUGGCACCGUCCUGUAGGAAUUAGCCAGAAAGCCGCAGCUCCUGCCCCAAGUCAACCUCAGAGGUGAUAAACUUGUUUAU